AUGAUGUGCAUCGGGUUUCCAUGUUUUUGUCGGGGUUUCUGGGCGGCCGUGUGGGUUAUGAGAAUAUAAAUGGACCAUCUUCUGGCAGAGUUUGUAGCUGCGUGAGGGGUCGUUCAAGCGGGAUGGUGAAGUCGAAUGUUUUGUCCUUGGAGAGAAGCCUCUCCUCCCCAUUUGUGGGGCGGAGGUGCUGCCGAAGAAUCUGGGGAAAGCAAUGUUCUUUGCCAGCCAGGGGUAGAAGCUCUCUCUCUCUCUCUCUCUCUCUCUCUCUCUCUCUCUCUCUCGCUCUCUCUCUCUCUCUCUCAAGGUUGUCUGAAUUGAAGGGGGCUUCAUGGUAAAAAUUUACCGAAAGCGGGAUAAAUCCUUUAUCCAGUUUCUCAGAGUUCGAAUCAUCCAGCCAUUGCCGAAAACUGUGUGAUUCUUACUCGGGUCUUCAAGCUCUACUCUUUAGUCUAAUCUGUACGAUCUGUACUCCGGUGCUUCAAACUCAUUAAUCCAUUAAAUUAUGGAGUUCACAGGAGUUCCUUCUAGUUGAUAUUCUUCUACGGCUCUCGAGCCUUGUGUCUCACUGACCCAGGUCAUCUUGCCAGAUGUAUCCUGCUCAUCUGCUAGAAUUUCCAGAAAAGGAAUUGAGCUAGAGAGUCAGAAGAAGUUCCUGCCAAACGACUUGUCCAGAGGUUUUGGACUCAGUAAAGCAUAUAAAAGGCCAUACACAAGAAAAAGCUACGUGCUGGAUGCUGCAGACGACGAAUACGACGGGGUCAUCAUUGAUUCAGAGAGAUUACCACAUAAUCCAAGUAUCUUUGCCUCUGCUCUGCAGACCUCCCUGUUUCACUGGAGAUUGAAGGUAUUCUUAGAUAGCCGUAUCUGGCCUCUGAAUAUAACAGACUGAAGCCCGCAUUAUUCCUUUUGAUUCUAAUUCGAUGAUCAUUUAAAUGGAGUGACAUAUUCUUUAAAUAUGUGUCAAGUCUGCAAUAAUAACGCAGUUCAUAUGUUUUUACCUAGGGGACUAUGUGGAUAUUUUGAAGGUUUUAUUGCAAAGUGGGUGCUGGGUCGAGCUUGUUCAUAAAUUAUGAACCGAUCUAGUCACUAUUCGUGUCACUCACUGUAUCCUGAUCGAAACUUCUUCUUGUGUCUUGAUCCAGGGGAAGAAAGGAGUUUGGCUCAAGCUGCCACUUGAGCUCUCUGAUCUCGUGCCUAUUGCUUUGAAGGUGGGAAUCAUCUGAACACCCAGUAUCUGUGGUCCACGUCGUGACCUCUCCCUUUUAAUAUGAGCCAGAUCAUAAUUUAGAUCCGAAAGUGGGUCAUUUUGGCUCAUAAUAUUUUAAAAACUGACUCAUUAGGUUAUGGACAGCACGCUAUAUUGUGUAUACGCCAUGCGAAUGUUUUACUCAGACGCUCGUGUUGUGAUCCAGGAAGGGUUCAAGUAUCAUCAUGCAGAGGAAGACUAUGUAAUGCUAGCCUACUGGAUUUCUGAAGGCCCCAGUAUGCUUCCUGGGAACGCUUCUCACCAAGUUGGAGUCGGAGGAUUUGUGAUAAAUGACAAAAAUGAGGUAACGUCGAUCAAGGAAAGGCUAUAUUUACGAUCAGUUUAAAUAUUCCAGUGAUUAUUUACUGUUGUCCAUCAUUGAAUCACAAGUGUUUUAAAAAAAAAAAAAAUUCCAUUGCUAACUAGUGAUAUAAUAUAAAAUUUUCAAUUAAUACUAUUUCUGUCCAUCAUUAAAUCACGAGUGUUUGCUUUGUUUUUUUUUCAUCAAAAUUUUCAUCUUCUGCAGGUUCUCGUGGUUCAAGAAAAACAUUGUGCGCCUGCAUUUUCUGGUUUCUGGAAGUUGCCCACUGGCUUCAUUCUCGAGGUAUUUAUUCCUUUAUCAAUUUUGAAACUAGAAAAUAUACUAUUCUUCUCUAAAUUCGAGUUUUUUUUCUUUCCUUGGCUUGUCAGGCCGAGGAAAUUUUCGAGGGAGCUGUGAGAGAAGUUAAGGAGGAAACUGGUGUAAGUUGCCAAUCCAUCACACUAUUUAUUCUUUAUUAGUACUUGGCUGUUCCCUUAAAAGGAUGGAAGAAGUGAUCGAACUGUAUUUAAUCAAUGAUUCCUGAUGAAUAUGCAGAUUGAUACAGAAUUUGAGGAGGUAGUUGCCUUCCGGUAAGAACCUUUUUUUCCCCCUCAUUUCCCAGUGUUUAUAUUAGAAUAUAAUGAUGCAUAAAAUUGCUGAAUCAACCAUCUGGAUCUUCAUAAUUUAAUUUGUUUUUCGACCCGGUGCCAAGAACAAAUUUUAAAUCUCUUGACUGCGCGAUCGCAUCAGUGGCAUUUAUUCUGUGUACUUCCCUUCUCAGGCAUGCUCAUCGCGUGGCAUUUGAAAAGUCCGAUCUGUUCUUCAUCUGCAUGCUGAGACCUUUGACGACCACAAUUCAAAUAGAUGAUCUCGAAAUCCAAGCAGCCAAGGUGAGCCAUGAUCCCUGACGCUGUGGCUUUCCUUCAUGUUUUACUAAUGAUGAGAAGAAGAAAUGUUUCUGUGGAAAUUGAGCAGCCAGAAUUCACCUCCUCCUGGUAGUAGAACGUUGACAAAAUCUUCGGGAAGGCUAACCUAGAAAAUUUCAUCUGGAACAUAUCUCCUCACAUUGGGGACUGAUUUUCUGAAAUUAUUGGGUAAAUAUCUGUGGCACAAAGAGUUUCCUUUGUGAUCGUGGUUGACUUUUUCAGAAAACCCAGACGUGAAAUGUUUUGCAAAGGAUUUAUCAAUAACAACAUCUGAUGCCCUCUUCCCUCACUCCCCAGUGGUUGGCCUCCUCCUACUUCAAAGAUGUGUUAUUAGUAGAGAAGACCCACCCACAUCUCGGUGGACUUGGUUUCUCAGAUGGUUGGUCAAUCUAUAAAAAUUAGAAACUGAAAGCUUCCCUUUUCCCCUCCCGCUCCAGUGGUUGCUCCUCGUUGGGCUGGUUCGUAGAGAAAGAGAGAAGAAAAGAGUGUUGUCCUAUCUCUUCUAUGGGAUGUCUGCUCCCUCCCUAACUGUGUUGUCCUAUCUCCAGUGGAUGCCCCUCGUUGACUUCGUCGAGCAGCCGACCGUUCGGGGGGACCAGUUGUUCAGGAAGAUCAUUGAUAUCUGCAUCAAACGUCUCUCCAAGCGCUACUGCGGGCUUUCAGCCCACCAUUUGAGCUCGGAGUUCGACGGGACGUCCUCGUGUUUAUACUACAACGUGCUGGACAUUCCUGAUUGCAGCAGCUGA